AUGGACAAAGAUUAAAAGGUCAAGGACGAUAUUGUCGAUGAUGAAGAGGAGCAGGAAGAGGAAGAGGAGGAACAAGUCAGCUAGGAACAGCUAGAUGAAUACCUCCUUAAAGCUUGCAAGGAAAACAAUGUCGAGGAUGCUCAGUUCUUCCUGUCAAAGAACGCCUCUCCAACAGUUGAAAAAGAUGGUUGGAAUCCUCUUCUAUGGGCUGCUUCAAAUGGCAAUGAGCAAAUAGUCAGACUUUUAAUCAAAGCUGGAGCAUGCAGUCCUUAUCUCAAUCAGAAUCAAGAGGAAAUGGCUAUGGCUGCUGCUUAGAAAUUAAAUGCUGGUGGCGGCGGAGGUGGAAUGAUUGGCGACGAAGUUUAUGAUCCUUUUGUGAAACCGAAAGACGCUUAAAAAGUCGGAAAGUACACUCCUCUUCACUGGGCUAGUUAUAAGGGCCAUUAUAAGGUAGUAUGGAUUUUGCUAAAAGAGAAGAUGACUCCCCUAGAUAUUGAUAUGCAUGGAAAUACUGCAGUGCAUCAGUCAGCAGCCAGUGGUUCAAAGAAAGUAUUAGAAUGCUUCCUCUCCAGAGGAGUUGAUGUAGAUAUUAAAAAUGCAAGAGGGCACACACCAUUGGACCUUGCCACUUAGACAGAAGUUAAAGAUUUAAUUUUGAAAGCUAUGAACACCAAGAAAUGUGUGAUCUGCAAAUCAAAGUUUGAUUUCAAGAACAUCAGAUAUUACUGUGAAUCAUGCACAAGAUUUUUGUGCAUCUAGUGCUCUCAAUCGCAAUGGGUGUAUGAGUCAGUUGAAAGCGAGGAGAGAGAAAGACCAGUCUGCAGAUGCAAUGACUGUCUCAACAAGAUUAGGAAGAAUGAGGAAGAACUCGCAUCAGCUUUGAAGACCAUGGAGUAUUAAACAGUAGAUAAAGUCUACACCUUCAUCUUCAAUAAUGCAAUAGACAUUGAUGUGAAAUUGAAGCACUCUGCAAUGGUAAUGCAUUUGAAGCUCGAUAAAGAGUUAGACAUUAAGAACUUCAUAAAGUCCGUGGACUUUGUUGAGGACUACAAGACCAUUCUUAAGUCAGUUAAGAUUCUGAAUGAUAAGGUGGAGGCUGCUCGUAACCUCGGCGUUGAACUUGAUAUUGGUCUGGUUGGAGAAGUUAAUAAGUGCACUUCAAGAUUGAUCUCUGAAAGAAAUCUAAGAUUCCAUAUGGAAAUGACAAAGAUACAAGAGAGUGAUCAUGACUAAGUAGAGCGCCUGAAAAGCUUGAUUGAAGUUGCCCAAGAAAAUAGUGUUGCUUAGUAAUACAGAGAUCAUGCUGAAAAGUUAAGUUAAUAAAUGAGUGGUAACAUUAAGGCAAGAGAAAUUCUUUAGAUGCUGCUUGAUUACCCAGAGCGUGAGUACCCAGUCCCCGAGCCAGUGGAUCCUAAGAAGAAGGGCAAGAAGGCUGAUGAAAAAGAAAAGAAAAAGAAAAAGAAGAAGAAGGAGCCACCCUUCCCAAUUCCUGAAUGGGCUAAUGAACUUGAAGCUGUAUAGUCUUAAGUUCAUUCUAUGGAAAAUCUCCUGGCUGAUGCUGAAAAUUUAUCUUUGAAUCUAGAAUUCAUCCAAAGAGUAAACUCCCAACUGCAGAGAUUUAAGAAAGAAAUUAAUUUCAGAAAGCAGGCAGAAGAGGAAGCAAGGAUAGAGGCAGAGUUAAAAAAGUUGAAAAAAAAGAAGAAGAAGUGA